AUGUCUGAUUCUAAUGUUUUCGGGAGUAUUUUUGCUGAAACUGCUCCCACACGAGGUCUUAUUGUUAAGCAACCAACUGAGGAACUUCAAUUAGAUGCAUUACGCGAUGAUCUCUUACAAAGUUUAGAUGAAGUACAACCUAGAAUAGAAAAGUUAAAAGAAACAUGCAAUAUAGUUAUACAGUCCUCUCAAGGCAAUAUCAAAAAUGUUGGUGUUGAUCUCCAACACGAAAUUGAUAAAAUAAUUCCAAGAAUGGAUGCUAUUCAUACAACUAGUAUUAAAACAUCAAGAAGGAUUCAAUCUCUUGGAUUGAACCAACAAACCGUUGGAAUGUUAUCUAUUCCGAAACAAUUGCGUCCGGUACACGAUGAAUUCUUCCAAUUUAAAGAAGAAUUUGAUACUUCUCUUAAGAAUGUAGCAACUCUUUCAAGAUCAAUCACUUCAAAGAUCGAUUUACAUAAUGGUGCACUAGAAAGUCUCAAAACUAUCCCAAAUGCACUUCAAGAAAACCUAGAAAAAAUUGCUCAACAACAAGAAGAAUGUGUUAAUGCUAGUGUAAUGAUAGAUCAGCUUAAACAGCAGCUUACCGCUAGUAUUAUCAAUGAACAUGAACAAAUUCUAAGUCAAUUCGAUGAAAAGGUCAAUAAAGCAGCUAAACUUGUAGAAGAUCUCGAAACUAAGGCUGAUGAUGGCUUAACUUCAACAACACAGAUUAACGAACAAAUUCAAACAGAAAAAUUCGAUAUAAAGAACUCUUUUGAAGAUUUAAUGAAGGAAAUACAAAAUACAUCGUUUACAAAGCUCGAUGAUAUGAAAAAGAAAGUUGAAUUAUCAAAUAAAGAAACUAUUUCGAAAAUUACAGAUUUACAAUCACAACUCACUAAUGAGUUGGAAGAAAUAUCGCGUUGUCAAUCUGAUAACGUGGUUUUAUCUUUAAUUGACGAAAUUGAAAAACAAAAGGAAAUGUCUGAGUUAGAAGCACUGAUAGAGAGAUUUAAUGCCUUAGAAAAAGCAAUUAAAGACCCUGCGACAAGACCUCCAGGUGCAGAUUACGAAGAUCUGAAUGGAAUUUAUGAAGGAAGAAAAGCUGUGUUUAGAUGCUUUGAUAAUGGAACUUUUACGGUUAAAUUUGUUGAUUAA